UUGCGCCCCCCCCCCUUCUCUCUCUCUCUCUCUCUCUCUCUCUCUCUCUCUCCUCUGCUUCUGUUUCUGUUUCUGCCUCUGUAGAAUGCAAACAACACAUACGCAAGAAUUACAUAAGGUUUCUUAUCAACCAAACAGAAAGAUUCAAGCUUUUAAUGGUAUUUCUGGUUUGAUUGUUUAGCAUAUAAAAAGCGAAACUGAAAUUCUCGAGUAUAGAUAAAAUGGGUAAUUUAGGCAGCACCAGCUCCGGUCGCCGGAGGCACCGGACCCAACCGCCUCAAGGGCAUGGCUUUGUUGCUGCCACACCACCCUACCCAUCUCAAUAUCCAAACGGACAAGACCCCAAUCCAAGCCAACACCACCAGUACCCAUCUCAGUAUCCAAAUGCACCAAACCCAAAUCCACCCCAAUUCUUCCAAUACCCUGGUUUCUACCCACCACCGCCUGUCCCGGGUCCCUAUCCACAGCCUUAUCACGGCGGCGGGGUCUACAUGGGCCCCCCUUCCGCCAAUUGGGCACCCGGGCAGUUGCCUUAUGGAGCUGCCCCUCCCCCUCCGGCUGCUCCAUUUGUGGAACAUCAAAAGACAGUCACCAUUAAGAAUGACGUCAAUAUCAAGAAAGACUCUCUGCGGGUUGAGCCGGAUGAGGAGAAUCCAGGGCGGUUCCUUAUUGCGUUCACUUUUGAUGCUGCUGCGCCCGGAAGCAUUACAGUUAUGUUUUUUGCUAAAGAAGAUGCAGACUGUAACCUGAUAGCAACAAAGGAAAGCUUGUUUAAAUCUGUUACAGUGCCUUUUGAGAAAGGACUUGGCCAGAAGUUUAGACAACCUUCUGGAACUGGGAUUGACUUCUCAACGUUUGAGGAGAUAGGGUUAACGAAAGAGGGUGACAUAGAAGUUUAUCCUCUUGUGGUGAAGGCUGAAGCAUUCCCUUUAAAUGCCGGUGAACGGGAAUCAGAUGGAAAUUCAGCUGGGAACUCUCAGAUCACCCAGGCAGUGUUUGAAAAGAAGGAGAAUGGGGAGUACAAAGUGCGGGUGAUGAAGCAGAUACUAUGGGUGAAUGGGAUGAGGUACGAGCUCCAGGAGAUCUAUGGUAUUGGGAAUGCAGUUGAAGGUGAUCAAAAUGGAAAUGAUUCUGGGAAAGAAUGUAUAAUAUGCUUGUCAGAGCCUCGAGACACAACCGUUCUCCCAUGCCGGCACAUGUGCAUGUGCAGUGGUUGUGCUAAGGUUCUGAGGUUCCAGACAAAUAGGUGCCCCGUCUGUAGGCAACCAGUUGAACGACUCUUGGAAAUCAAGGUGAACAAUGAAGCCAAUAGCUCAGAGUAACAUGCUAUCAACCAAAUGUUCUAAAAUCCACUUGACCAAAAGAAAGAAGAAAGAGAAAAAUACAACCCAACUUUCUCACAUAUGAUGAGUCCUACAUGGAUGUCACAGUAUUACAAAUCUCAUCUCAUGUGAGAGAGUUGAGAAAUCAGGUGCUAUACUUAAUUUUUUAAUUUUUUAAAAAUCAAAUUGUCAAUUAUACUUGUAUUUCUAGAAAUCCCCUGUUUUCCCAAUGCUUCAGCUUCAAUGCAUUGCUUGUAUCCUGAGUGCUCAAUAGAAUUGGCAAAUUUCUUGUUGUGACGUGAUCAGUAUUAACACCUACCAUGUUCUCAACAUUUUGAACGAGAAUCUACCAGAUUGUAUGUUAUUUACUUUUUAACAUGUCUUAUUAAUUUUCA